UUUAUACUUAUAUUAAAACUUAUCGGUGGUUUUAUGCAAAUGCAGCGAUUUCAGAUUAUUCAUACUUAAUCCGACUUUCUACCAUUAUUUUCGUUAAAAAGAUUAUCUUGAUUGUGUUUGGUGUGUUUAAAAAUUACGAGGCCGACCAUACCACAAGGUCGUCAACCAAUAUGCGUAACAAAAUUUACAUAGAAAUUUUUAACGACGGUCAUAUCACGGUAAUUUACGACUACCUACUAUUAAAAUAUUCAUGCACAUACCUCAACCAUAAUGAAUUUUAAUUAAUUUAUUUAACACAUUCAUUUAAUAUUAUACAUCUUAUACAAACAUCAAGAUGUCUAAAAAAAUUUUUUGAUAGAAUCCAUUAAGUCACACGUCAUUAAGAGAAAUAAUUAAAGAUGAACCCAAGUGUAUUAAUAUUAUUACUUUUACUUUCUAAAUGCUGUUGGUCGACCGAAGAAGACUUAAGUAGUUCGUUAAACAUUUCUGAAACAACUCCACAAGCUAACGAUUCUCUCCCGGAAAAUAAUGUAACGAUUAUUUUGGAAAGAGAUAAAAAGGAUAUUCUUAAAUAUCGAUUUAUGACCACCUCCUCAACAACUCGUAGACGUGGCAAAGACGUUUUAUUCACCAGAAGAGAAAGGACUAGACCAACAACGUCCACAACAGAACAAGAUUAUGAAACGACCAUAACUGAAAAAAAAAAUCUUGAAAUCGUUCCGAGAUUUUUGGUUACUUCUGAAGACAAAAAAACGCAUAAAGAGGAAUCACUUCUCCCGUACGAUAACGAAGAACCUUUAUUGUUUAAAACAUUCAGAACGAAAACAACACCAAGUACUACUACAGAGACCACUACUUCACCACAAACGACGGAUUUAGCUCGGGAAAAAUUCUUGAAAGACAAUAACGAUAGUCGUAUUAAAUUCAAGGUGAUAGAAAUAACUCAUCCCCCAGGUUUUUCAAGUUCAGACGGUGAUAGUAACAAUCUUAGUAAUAUGCUCCAUGUGUUGAUCAUUUACGUGUUAUUUAAAAAAAUAUUAAAGCAGUUAUUGGCUCUGUUUGCUAUUAGAGUAUUUAAUAAUAAUCAAGAGGUUCAAUGAUAUUUAAUGUUAUAAAG